AAGGUUAACGGAUCAUGAAUUCAUCUUGUUGACCAUGGACACUGAGGUCCUCCAGCCGCUGGAGCCGUCGUCGCCGCCCCCGCGCACCGCCGUCCGGUCCCGGCCGUCGAGCUGGAGCAGCAGCGGGAGCAGCUGCGGCGUCGAGUACACGAGCCUCCGCGACGUGCUAGCCGAGGCGGGGCCCGGCAGCGGGAGCGGCGGCGGCGGCAGCUUCGGUGACGCCGGCGCGCACGUGAUCGACUUUGACGCGUCCAACAUCAACAUCCGCAACCAGCUACUGAAGCACGCCGCGUCGGCGUACCUCCAGUCCGCCAUCGUCGUCCCGCCGAGGGAACGGCGCUGCCUCAGCAGGCCCUGGCGGAGGCUUCUGCAGCGCUGCCGGUGUCGCAUCCUGUUGCGGCCGUGCGGGUGCGCGUGGCCAUGGCCGGGAUGCCGCGCCGGAGAUCCCGCGCACCGCUGCGCCGCGUCCGUGGCCGGCUCGGCGCGCCGCCUCGCCGCCAUCCUCUCCCGCUGCGUCGCUUGCAUGUGGACGUAGCACGUCGUGCACAUGAAUCCGUGGAAAGCGCGCGCGUUGCCAUCAUUGAUUGGACGUGCAUGCUUGAAUUAUACCUGAUAAAAUAUGAUUGCACAAAUGGAUUAUUAGAUUGAUGGAGGAGGCCAAAUCAAGUUUUUGAUGGUGUCCAUGCGUUUGAUCAUUGAUUAGGACUGAUUAACAUAA